AUACUUUUAAAAAUGUAAGCGCGAAAUAAUGAAGUUAUUUACCAGCGUGCGCAAUAGGAGACAAAAAACCCAUACACCCAAAAAUUCUACCUAAUAGCCCCACACAAAUAGAAGAGCAACAAAAAAAAUGCUUGCCAUUAGAGAAACCUUAAUAAAAUUCUAUGUCAUCACCACCUCUUAAAUGUACGCUAAUAAGCCCAAAAAAUGCGUUUUACAUUGCGACGCAACGCGAAUGUCCUAGACACGCUCCUAUCUGAGACUUUACAAAUAUUGUUGGUGUUCAGCAUAAUGGGUUGGCCAUUUAGUGGCAUGCAGCAGUGUGAAACUAAGGGCAUGAAUGCGGAACGAGUGCAACAAGAUAGUAAACAACAACAACAACAACAACUUGAUAUACACCUGCAACACCAACAACAACAAAGCCGCCAACAAUAUCACAAACCAACUUUGCAUAUAACGCAACGCUACACACAAACAGCAGCAAUGUCCUCAAUGCCAGUGGUUGUGGUAGGCAUAGGACCUUCGUCAGAAUUAGCAGCUUGCGCACAUGGUGCAUUGCCAGCAAUAUCCACAUCACAACAAGCAUCCUCGUCAAUGUCGUCAUCAUUAGGCACGCAUGACGUGCACUCGCCGCCUAUGCCAAUAAUUACAAAAGAUUAUCAACACAAAAGUGCGGCCAGCAGCACUGCCAAUGGCAACGUGGCGUAUACGCAACAACCCAUCGCAACAGCCACAUCGUCGUCAGCAGCUAACGAAGCCGCUGCCCAUUUCAGCGUAACUGCUGUUGCAGCCAUUGCCAGUGCCAAGCUGAGUAAUGAAAAUGUUAAUGAUGUUAGUGCUCAGCCUGCGGAUAUCAGCCUAUUAUUAUCGUUGGCGGCCUCUCCACUUGCCCUGCACGCGCUGCAUCGUGUUACAAAAGAUACGCAGCAUAGCAGCGUUAACGCAGAGCUGUCGCCCAUCAGUAGUAGCGAGAGCACAAACGAUUCGCAUGAAAUCGAUAAUAUGGAUUACGUCAUGUCGAAACAUAUUGCUUCGCUGACGCGUCGGACGACGGAUGACGCUGUCAGUGCGAGUUUGAUGAGUGAGGAGAGUGCGACGCCGAGGAUGAAUGCGUACGCUAGUAGUAACAGCAAUAGCAACAAAUACCAUAACAACAACAAUAGUAGCAUAAAUAUCAACGAUUACAAUAGCGAUAGCAGUAAUAAUAAUCAAACACAGGACAAUUUGAUGUCCUUAUCGUUAUUAAGCUUGAACGACCAUAAUAUGGAAAUGUCCGCAAUGAGGCAGGAAAUGGUGGCGGAUAUGUCCUUGACAUCUUCAAAAACAGAGUUAGAGCCAUCAUCAGCGUCAUCAUUGUCAUCAUCCGCCGCAGUAAGCUUAACGGCAGCGGCACAGUCAGCCUCUCUAACAUCAGCCGAUUUAUCUGACUCAUUCGCCGAUAGUGCAAUGGCCGUAAGCACUUCAAAUCACAAAUCGGCAUAUGAUCGAAGUGCCGUCGCCAUCGCCGUCGCCGAAGCAGGUGCUGGUGCUGGUGUGCGCAAUCAAACGACCAACGAAAACCACUACAGCAGCAACAGCAACAACAAUAACAUGCAACAUCUUGGCUCACAGCGCAUCGCUUUGAAAACGACAGCGAAAACAAAAACCACUUUGGCCACCGAGCAGCACCAACAUGCGGCGGUGCACCAGCAGCAGCACAAUUCAAAGUCAAAAUCUUCCGCCACGUUGACUACUGCCGCCACGGCCGCUGUCGGUUCCGGUGCCACAGGACGACAGCGUAGCUCUGUUGCAAAGAAGGUGGAAAGCAAAUACGUACUGCCCAAACCACAGAAGACCGAUGCGCCAAUGCUGAACUACAUUUUCGAUACAUUCUCAUCGGCAAACAAACAUCAUCAUCACGAUCAGAGAUAUGGACCACACUUUGAGGAUGUGCAACGCGUGGGACAGCCAACAAAUAUGACAGUGCAGGCGGGUAGCAGCAUACAUUUGAAUUGCAGAAUAUCGCUGCUGCAAGAUAAGACUGUGUCCUGGGUGCGUCGCAAUGCACAGGGCGAAAAUGCAUUGGAUUUGCUGACGGUCGGUCUGCACACCUACACCGGUGACAAACGCUAUAAAAUGGAGUUUCAAUAUCCGAAUAAUUGGCGCCUGAAAAUAACGAAUGUAAAAAAGGACGAUGAAGCGAUGUAUGAGUGUCAGAUAUCGACACAUCCGCCGCGAGUGAUACAAAUUAAUCUGUUCGUUAAUGCACCCAAAGUGAUGAUUGUUGACGAGUUCGGUGAUCCACUACAGGAAAAAUAUUACGAAAUCGAUUCAACGUUGCAGCUGUCAUGUGUCGUCCGCAAUGUCGCCAUGGCCACAUCGGUCGUGUUCUGGAAGCAUGGCGAUGAUAUACUCAACUAUGAUGUGACGCGCGGCGGUAUCAGCGUUAAAACGGAGCUGAUGGACGAUGGCGCCAAUUCAACAUUAUCCAUAGCGAAAAUCAACAAGUCCGACUCCGGCAACUAUACGUGCGCAAUUAGUGAUUUUCAAAAUUUCAGCAUAGUCGUACACAUACUGAAUGGUGAGAGUUUCGCCGAACUGCAUCACGGCGCUGCGGCACCCAGAGUUCCUAACUCAUUCCACCAGCUGUUAGUUGUUCAUUGUGUGUUACUUAGCUCACUGCUGCUGUUGCUGCUUUUGCCACUACUUUAUGCGCCACAUCAACCGUAUACACUCGGACCCAGGUAAAAGUUACUCAAUUAGCCAAAAGCAGCGGCAACCGUGCAGCGGGCUAUGGAUUGGCGGAAGUGCCAACUGCUAUAGAGAAAAUGGUGAAACGCAUAGCGUUAUAGUUGAAUUUUUAUAAUUUAUCUAAUUGAGUAAGUAAUUGAACAAAAAAAAAAACAAAACAAGGAAUUAAACUGAUAAUUAGUUAACGAGCAUUAUAAAAUAGU